UGCUGCUCAUAUAUGAGAUAGAUGUUAUAAUUCUUAAUAAAAUGUUAUUUUUUAAUGUGCAUUAAUGAAAAAUUAUACAGUGACACCUAAGUGGUGAGUAACGUCUAACGCCGAGAGGUCCCGGAAAUCCCUGUAUUUACAAAGACACUUAGCUUAGCUUAGCGCUGUCUAACCUGCUGAGGCUGGUGAGCGGCGCGGAGCGGAGGAGACGUUAAAGACGUUAAAGACGUUAAAGACGUUUAAAGAGAUUUUCACGUCAAAUUAGGCGAAACCGUGAAGACAUGGUGGCGACUACGACGACUGACAACCGCCAUGACGGCCCUGAAAGUGACGCAAAGCCGCCUCACACCGCCGCAACAACGGAAUACUGCGCAAAGUUGCAGCAGUGGAUGUGGCAGUAUUACUGGGGGUAUGCCAACUGGCAGAGCUGGCUGGCUCUGUCAGCCUUCCCACCGCCGUGCACUUUGUCUCCGCCGGGGACAAGCGCUCAAACACCGGGUACACCUGCUUCCACCUCCGGCACCGGUCAGCAGGCUUUCGAUACGGGGCACUGGUACAGCUACCCUUAUCCCCUCAGUUUCCCAGCAUCUUCACCUCAUCCGGGUGGUGCCCAGACCGAACAGAGCUCAGCAGCGACCGCGACCCCAGCGACUGACGCCCGGCCAGCCCAGCAGCAGAAUGGGAAUCCAGCACAGGCAGGACGGGAGUACACCAUCCCCUCUCCUCUCCAGAGGUUCCUGGCUGAGACAGUGGACUUCUUCAUCCUGUUUUGCGUGAAGGCCACCAUCGUGCUGUGGAUCAUGCAUCUGAGUGGUAUGAAGGACAUUGCCAAAUUUAUCACCCACUUCAUCGUGGAGGAGAUCGACGAGAACACGUCCAUGGAGGAUCUCCAGAAGAUGAUGGCCGUAGCUCUGGUCUACAGGGUGCUGGUGUGCGUUUAUGAGACAAUCUGUAUUUGGGGUGCUGGUGGUGCCACACCAGGGAAGUUCCUGCUUGGCCUGCGGGUGGUGACGUGUGACACGUCCACUCUGGUCCGACCCAACCGGGUCCUUGUAGUCCCAGCGUCUAAUGUUUCCCUCUCUGCCUCGACAGUGCGGGCACUUAAUAAGAACUUCUCCAUCGCAUUCCUCUUUCCCGUCUUCAUCACUCUCCUCUUCUUCCAGCACAACAGGACUGUGUAUGACAUUGUGGCAGGGACUAUUGUCGUACAGCGCAGAGGGGCCAGAUAGCCUCUCCUCCAGCGAGCGGACUCUACUUUCCAACGAACAUUUAAAAAAAUCUCCCAUCUCUUCACUGGAUCAAAACAGGACUCAAACUGCACUUUAUAAUUGGAUGCAUAUAGACUGAGGCCUCGUACGUGGGAGUCAAAAGAAUCCAGCUUUACAUCUUUUGAUGUUUUUUUGUUUUUUUUAAGCCACUGAUUCAACAAAUAAGCUGUCAGGAAAUAAGUAUUGUGAUUUUUAAUAGUCACAAAUUAUGUUGGGUGCUGUCCAAUGUUGCUGGUAUAUCCUGAGAGUUUCCCCUCAUAUAAUGUGAAUCUUAAUUUGUGUGCUCUGUCAUAAUAUAUUGUAUAUUUAUUUUUGCUUUUAAAGGCCCUGUGACAUGCGUGGGAUUUAAUAACAUGUAACUUUGGAGACCUCCAGUGGCUGUACCAGAAAAGAUCACCCAAAAACCAAUUUGACUCACUCACAUAAGAGUUCUACAUGUAGGAGCUUUGAAGCAGGAGUGAAAAUGAUCAGCUUCUAGACUUUGCAACAUUUUUUAUAUGAGCGCUGUUCUUUUUCUUCAAGGUAAAAACGGUUAUCCUGUUACAUCGUGAUUUAUCUGAAGCACUCAGAAUAAUUGCAGGCUUAACUGUCUCCAUUCUUUGUGCCUAUGGAUAUUCUAAUAGAAGUAUUGUUUUAACUAUCUUUCCGUCAUUGUGAUGUGUAACAAGAACUUUUCUUUCAUGUUUUUCGUCUUCUUCAGACUUCGAUUUCUUGUGACUCAGGGCAACUGUUUUGCAUCGAAGAACCACUGAUUGUCUGAACCACGUAAUUGAAUGCCACUGCUCAUGUCAGAUGUUUAAUUAUGCACAUUGUAAAACUCUUCUGGUAUUAAAGGUUGUAAAUGAUUUAUUCAUA